GGGGUGGAGCCUUCCACUUGGAUGCCUACCCGAAAUAAUAGUUGUUACCAGAUGCCAGGCGUCCACUGCGGAUUUAGGGUCACUCCAAGUGUUGGAUUGGUUGCUGAACCGCUAGGACUGUGCCAGAGCCCUGGCCUAAUCUGUGUCCUCAGGUGGAUUCCUAAACUGUCCACCAGUCCUAAGCCGGAAGGAGUCCCAGCCAAGCGGGGCGCGGGGACCAUGGGUGCCUGGAUAUCCAGGACCCGGGUCCCGACGCCGGAGCCCGACCCCCAGGAGGUCCUGGACCUGAGCCGUCUGCCCCCGGAGCUGCUCCUGCUGGUACUGAGCCACGUGCCCCCGCGCACGCUGCUGAUGCACUGCCGCCGAGUGUGCCGCGCCUGGCGCGCCCUGGUAGAUGGCCAGGCCCUAUGGUUGCUGCUGCUGGCCCGUGACCACAGCGCAGCGGGCCGCGCCCUGCUGACACUAGCCCGCCGCUGUCUGCCCCCUGCCCACGAAGACACGCCCUGCCCGCUGGGCCAAUUCUGCGCACUGAGACCGCUAGGACGCAACCUCAUCAGCAACCCCUGUGGCCAAGAAGGCCUGCGCAAAUGGAUGGUGCGGCACGGUGGGGAUGGAUGGGUGGUGGAGAAGAACAGGAAACCUGUACCUGGGGCCCCUUCACAGACCUGCUUCGUGACUUCCUUCAGCUGGUGUCGCAAGAAGCAGGUCGUGGACCUGGUGGAGAAGGGUCUGUGGCCAGAGCUGCUGGACAGUGGUGGUGUGGAGAUUGCUGUCUCUGACUGGUGGGGAGCUCGACAUGACAGUGGCUGUAAGUACCGUCUCUUUGUCACGCUUCUUGAUGCCCACCAGAACGUCAUAGAUAAGUUCUCCGCUGUGCCAGAUCCCAUUGAACAGUGGAACAAUGAUAUCUACCUGCAGAGCUUUGUGGCGUGAGAUCUCUGGGCCAGUCUACACCGUGAUUCCUCACUUUAUGGCUGUCACAGGGCAGAGAGACUUCUUCCAUAGUGGCUAGAGCUAAGGGAGCCAAGAGAAAUACGUUUCAGCUGCUAUGUUCUGACCUUACUUGGGAAGUCACAUGACAAGACCUACUCAUGUAGCCUAGGCUGUCUUAGACUCACUGUGUAGCUGAGGCUAGCCUUGCGCUCCUGGCACUCACUUCUGUCUCCCAAAUGCUGGGAAUAAUUGCGGAUGUGUACAGCCCCACCCAGAAUUUCUGCCACAUUCUUGGUGAUAAAACCUCUUUUAUUCGAAUGGGUUUUUUUUGUUUGUUUGUUCCUUUCUCUUUGAGACAGUUUCUUACUAUAUAACCCAACUGUUGAAGACUAUGUAGCCUGAGCCUCUAACUUUCCUCCCUCCCACCUCAGUCCCCCAGCCCUGUGAUGGCAGGAGCUUGUCACCACACUUAGCCUCAGAUCCCACCUGCUAAUGAGAACAUGGCAAGGUUUCAGAAGGGCCAUCAUGUGGGAAGUCACAGACUGGCUGACGGAAGGGCUGUGAUACAAGGCUGACUGACUCCUUCUACCUCCAGGUCACCCACGUGUUCUCCGGCAUCAGGAGGGGCAUACGUUUUGUCUCUUUUGAACACUGGGGCCAGGACACACAGUUCUGGGCUGGCCACUAUGGGGCCAGAGUGACGAACUCCAGUGUGAUCAUACGAGUCUGUCAGUCCUAGUCAAAAGGCCGCCAUUUUGGCAAGACAAUCUGAAUGUGCCUUCCUGGAGCUGUCGGCUGGAAUCCCUCAUGAGUCAAGUACUGUACCUCCCUGGCACAUGAAACUCUGGGAUCCAGUGAAGGGUCCUGCUUGGUCUUGUUUUCAGAGUCUGUAACAUUGAAGCCCUCCAUCAGAUCUACCUAUUACUGCUGCUUUAGAGCAUGAGUGCCUAGGUGCCUGGAUGCAUGUGUGCCCGGAUGCAUGGAUGCCUGGGUUCCUAGAUGCAUAGAUGCCUGGGUGCCUGGAUGCAUGGAUGCCUGGGUGCCCGGAUGCAUGGAUGCAUGGGUGCCCGGAUGCAUGGGUGCAUGCUGGUCUCAAGUCACAAGCUGCCUCUAUUUCAGUUCGCUCACCUCUUUGCCCUGUCCCCAGUAUUGAUCCCCCACCCUUUUUUGAGACAGGGCAUCCCAGCUGGCGACAACCCUCCUUUCUGCCUUUGACACUCAUGUGCUGGGACUACAGGCACACACCAGUACCACUCAGUCUUGUGCAGUGCUGGGGAUGAGCCCAGGGUUUCAUGCAUGCCAGCAAACAUUCUACUAUCUGAGCAAUGUCCCCAGUGUCCCCUCUGGUCAUGUCCUGUUUCUGCCUCAGGGAUUGUCUCUGUUCCUUCGCUGAGGCCCUCUACUUAGGGCUGAACAUAGGAUUUAUGGCUAGCAGAAUUCCAGCUCCCUUGGGUAAGGAACCAAAGCUCUCUUGGCUAUAGCCAGCCUCCUCAUUGAAGGGUGUUUUAGGGUAUCUGCCCACAGAUUUUCUCCAAACAAUUGGGAAGUGCCUAGAGUCCAGGCCCCGAUCAUCAAAGAUGUCUAUAUUGUAUAAUAUUUAAAGUUAUUUUUAAUUUUCUCAAACAAUAUGAGAAUAUCUAUCUGGCAUUAUCUAUCUGCCAAUCUCACUGUAAUAAAUUGAUUAUUUUGCCUAAA